GUUUACUUCUUCAAUGAGAUCCCUUUCUUCAGUUCACUUCAUUUUGAGUUUUGUGUAAUGCAAUCAAAAUGAAAGAAAAUACUUUCUCAUUAUUCUGCGUUCUUUUCAUCAGCUUGUCUUCUGCUAAUGAGGAAGGCUACAUUAGGCUCACUGGGGGUCAAGACUCCUCUGAAGGCCGUGUGGAGAUCUUUCAUAAUGGCGUUUGGGGGACUGUGUGCGAUGACAAUUGGGAUAUGAAUGAAGCCCAAGUGGUGUGUCGACAGUUACGUUUCCCAGGUGCAAGAGAAGCUCUGGUAUCAUUUGGCAGCGGGGAAGGCAACAUCUUGAUGGAUAAUUUAGCCUGUGAUGGGACAGAGACAAACCUGCUGCAAUGCCAGUUCCCUGGGUGGGGGGUCCAUGACUGUGGUCAUGGUGAGGAUGUUGGCGUUAAAUGCGAAGAGGCUAAUGAGGAAGGUUACAUUAGGCUCACUGGGGGUCAAGACCCCUCUGAGGGCCGAGUGGAGAUCUUUCAUGAUGGCGUUUGGGGAACUGUGUGCGAUGACAACUGGGAUAUGAACGAAGCCCAAGUGAUGUGUCGACAAUUAAAUUUCACGGGUGCAAGAGAAGCUCUGGUAUCAUUUGGCAGCGGGGAAGGCAACAUCUGGAUGGAUGAUUUAUCCUGUAAUGGGACAGAGACAAACCUGCUGCAAUGCCAGUUCUCUGGGUGGGGGGUCCAUAACUGUGGUCAUGGUGAGGAUGUUGGCGUUAAAUGCAGAGAGGGACCAGGACCUUUUAAUGACAAUUUCAGCCAUGAGUUCUCUUUGGACCACAACACAAGCCUCUCUCAUCAGCUGGGGGAACUGUUUGACAGUGGACGUGACUGUGACUUGAACAUCACAGUGGUUGUGGACAACAACACCGUCGAGACAAUCUGUGCUCACAGGAUCAUCCUCUCUCUGAACUCAUUCCUCGAAACCUCACAGUCGGAUUUCAGCAGCCUCAGCAUUGAUGUCACCUCUGACUGCAGUCAACAUGCCAACAACUUUGUCAGAUACUUCUACACAAGAAAGAUUAAAAUCACACUAGCCUCUGCCCACUGCAUUCUCAGGAUGGCAAUGGACUGGGAUCUGAAAGAAAUUCAGAAUGAAGCAAUAGGUCUUUUCAGAUUUUUUGUCACAGAAGAUGUCAAUUUCCACUAUCAAAAGUCUUUCUAUGAGUAUGCGGUCCGUACAGGUGAUGAGUCACUGCAGGAAGUCUGUCUUCGCUACCUGGCUUGGAACUGCGAGGCACUGAUCCGCUCUCCAGCCUGGACAGAUCUUCCAUUUGGCCUGGUCAAAGCUCUGCUGUCUCGCUCAGACCUUGUAGUACAUAAUGAAAAAGUCAUCCUGCAUGGACUGGAGAGAUGGGCAGCAGCCCAAGGAGACACAACCAUUCCUGAGAUCCUUUUCAAACUCAUCCGUUUUCCAAUGAUACCAGCUGAGGACUUAUACAUACUUGAUGGCUCACAGUACUAUGGCAGCAAGCUGCAGGGGUUUCAGUUCAAUGCCUUGCCCUUCAAGGCACUGCUCAACAAUCUGAGGGAAGAGCAAAAUGUCUACACAUCCAGGAUUUACACUGGCAGACCAUGGAGCUUUACCUUUAGCACUCAGGGCAUCAGAGCUUACAGGGAUUCUGGGCUCUACACUCUUCACAACCAGCACAUCAAUAGCCUGACAUCUGAUUUCAAAACACCUGUUCAUAACAGCGCCUAUUUUUCUUUUCACAGCAUGCGUUGGAAAUCAAGAGUAUUUAUCAGAGAUGAGGACUGCUCAAGUGACAGUGUCUCUUGCCCUUCUUUGCCAGCCGUUAGUUUGAGGAUUCAAGAAAAGAACAAUGAUUUACCCAGUGACAUGGAGGGACAUAUCAGUUACAGGAAUAGGCUUGUUGUAAUGUGUGAAGGGCGGUAUGUGUUUCAUGUUGAGGAAUUUAAAGGUGAGAAUCUCAUAUUUGUUCCGAGCAGCGAAGAACGUGUCUAUCCAUGCCACUCAAACCAGUUCUCCUACCAAGUGGUGGUACGUCCUCAUUCUGAAAUCAGCAGCAGCAGCACCAACGUGUUCCCAAGUGGCAAGCCGCGACUGAAUCCCCCGGUCCAGCCCUAUGAUACGCGCGAAAUUUUCGCUGAAGUUCAAUAUUUUCAACUCGUGCGAAUACGCGAAUUUCGCACAGUAGUAAAUGGUCACUAUUCAAAAAAUUGCGUUGCAAUAAAAAUGAAAGAAAAUGCUUCCUUAUUACUCUGCAUCCUAUUUGUCAGCUUGUCUGCAGCUAAUGAUGCUGAUGAUUACAUUCGGCUGGUUGGGGGACAAAACCCCACUGAGGGCCGUGUGGAGAUUUUUCAUGAUGGUGUUUGGGGGACUGUAUGCGAUGAUGACUGGGACAUGAACGAAGCCCGAUUGGUGUGUCGACAGCUCCGUUACGAGGGUGCAAAAGAAGCUCUGGUGUCAUUUGGCAGUGGCAAAGGCAACAUCUGGAUGGAUGAUUUAUCCUGUGAUGGGACAGAGACAAACCUGCUGCAAUGCCAGUUCUCUGGGUGGGGGGUCCAUAACUGUGGUCAUGGUGAGGAUGUUGGCGUUAAAUGCGAAGAGGGGCCAGAACCUAUUGAUGAGGAUUUCAGCCAUGAGUUCUCUUUGGACCACAACCCAAGCCUCUCUCAUCAGCUGGGGGAACUGUUUGACAGUGGACGUGACUGUGACUUGAACAUCACAGUGGUUGUGGACAACAACAUUGUUGAGACAAUCUGUGCUCACAGGGUCAUCCUCUCUCUGAACUCAUUCUUCGAAACCUCACAGUUGGAUUUCAGCAGCCUCAGCAUUGAUGUCACCUCUGACUGCAGUAAACAUGCCAACAACUUUGUCAGAUACUUCUACACAAGAAAUAUCACACUAGCCUCUGCACACUGCAUCCUCAGGAUGGCAAUGGACUGGGAUCUGAAAGAAAUUCAGAAUGAAGCAGCAAAUCUUUUCAGAUUUUUUGUCACAGAAGAUGUCAAUUUCCACCAUCAAAAGUCUUUCUAUGAGUAUGCGGUCCAUACAGGUGAUGAGUCACUGCAGGAAGUCUGUCUUCGCUACCUGGCUUGGAACUGUGAGGCACUGAUCCGCUCUCCAGCCUGGACAGAUCUUCCAUUUGGCCUGGUCAAAGCUCUGCUGUCUCGCUCAGACCUUGUAGUACGUAAUGAAACAGUCAUCCUGAGAGCACUUGAGACAUGGGCAGCAGCCCAAGGAGACACAACCAUUCCUGAGAUCCUUUUCAAGCUCAUCCGUUUUCCAAUGAUACCAGCUGAGGACUUAUACAUACUUGAUGGCUCACAGUACUAUGGCAGCAAGCUGCAGGGGUUUCAGUUCAAUGCCCUGCCCUUCAUGAUACUGCUUAAUGACCUGAAGGAAGAACAACAUGUCUACACAUCCAGGAUUUACACUGGCAGACCAUGGAGCUUUACCUUCGGCUCCCAAAGCGUCAAAAAAUAUAAGGAUUUGGGGUACUACCGUCUUCAUGGGCAGCACAUCAAUAGCCUGACAUCUGAUUUCCAAACACCUGUUCAUAACAGCGCCUAUUUUGCUUUUAACAGCAUGCGUUGGAAAACAAAAGUAAUUAUUAGUGAUAAAGACUGCUCAAAUGAAAGUGUGUCUUGCCCUUCUUUUCCAGCCGUUAGUUUGAGGAUUCAAGAAGAGAACAAUGAUUUAAACAGUCACGUGAAGCAAUGUAUUGGUUACAGCAAUAGGCUUGUUGUAAUGUGUGACGGACGGUAUGUUUUUCAUGUUGAGGAAUUUAAUGAUGAGAAUCUCGCAUUUGUUCCGAGCAGCGAAGAACGUGUCUAUCCAUGCCACUCAAACCAGUUCUCCUACCAAGUGGUGGUACGUCCUCAAUGCCUAAAUGUGGUUAUGACAUUACAUUUGAUUUUUCACACCUCUUUAGCUUAUGAGGAAGGUUACAUUAGGCUCACUGGAGGUCAAGACUUCUCUGAGGGCCGAGUGGAGAUCUUUCAUGAUGGCGUUUGGGGGACUGUGUGCGAUGAUGACUGGGAUAUGAACGAAGCCCAAGUGGUGUGUCGACAGUUAAGUUUCGCGGGUGCAAAAGAAGUUCUGGUAUCAUUUGGCAGCGGGGAAGGUAACAUCUGGAUGGAUGAUUUAUCCUGUAAUGGGACAGAGACAAACCUGCUGCAAUGCGAGUUCCCUGGGUGGGGGGUCACUAACUGUAAUCAUGGUGAGGAUGUUGGCGUUAGAUGUGAAGAUGCUAAUGAAGAAGGUUACAUUAGGCUCACUGGGGGUCAAGACCCCUCUGAGGGCCGUGUGGAGAUCUUUCAUGAUGGCGUUUGGGGAACUGUGUGCGAUGACAACUGGGAUAUGAAUGAAGCCCAAGUGGUGUGUCAACAAUUAAAUUUCACGGGUGCAAGAGAAGCUCUGGUAUCAUUUGGCAGCGGCAAAGGCAACAUCUGGAUGGAUGAUUUAUCCUGUGACGGGAAAGAGACAAACCUGCUGCAAUGCCAGUUCCCUGGGUGGGGGGUCCAUGACUGUGGUCAUGAUGAGGAUGUUGGCGUUAGAUGCAAAGAGGGGCCAGAACCUAUUGAUGAGGAUUUCAGCCAUGAGGUCUCUUUGGACCACAACACAAGCCUCUCUCAUCAGCUGGGGGAACUGUUUGACAGUGGACGUAACUGUGACUUGAACAUCACAGUGGUUGUGGACAACAACAUUGUUGAAACAAUCUGUGCUCACAGGGUCAUCCUCUCUCUGAACUCAUUCCUCAAAACCUCACAGUUGGAUUUCAGCAGCCUCAGCAUUGAUGUCACCUCUGACUGCAGUAAACAUGCCAACAACUUUGUCAGAUACUUCUACACAAGAAAGAUCACACUAGCCUCCACCCUCUGCAUUCUCAGGAUGGCAAUGGACUGGGAUCUGAAAGAAAUUCAGAAUGAAGCAGCAAAUCUUUUCAGAUUCUUUGUCACAGAAGAUGUCAAUUUCCACUAUCAAAAGUCUUUCUAUGAGUAUGCGGUCCGUACAGGUGAUGAGUCACUGCAGGAAGUCUGUCUUCGCUACCUGGCUUGGAACUGUGAGGCACUGAUCCGCUCUCCAGCCUGGACAGAUCUUCCAUUUGGCCUGGUCAAAGCUCUUCUGUCUCGCUCAGACCUUGUAGUACAUAAUGAAAAAGUCAUCCUGCAUGGACUGGAGAGAUGGGCAGCAGCCCAAGGAGACACAACCAUUCCUGAGAUCCUUUUCAAGCUCAUCCGUUUUCCAAUGAUACCAGCUGAGGACUUAAACACACUUGAUGGCUCACAGUACUAUGGCAGCAAGCUGCAGGCGUUUCAGUUCAAUGCCUUGCCCUUCAAGGCACUGCUCAACAAUCUGAAGGAUGAACAAAAUGUCUACACAUCCAGGAUUUACACUGGCAGACCAUGGAGCUUUACCUUCAGCUCCCGAAGCGUCAAAACUUACAAGGAUUUGGGGUUCUAUCUUCUUCAUGGGCAGCGCAUCAAUAGCCUGACAUUUGAUUUCCAAACACCUGUUCAUAACAGCGCCUAUUUUGCUUUUAACAGCAUGCGUUGGAAAACAAAAGUAUUUGUUAGUAUUAAAGACUGCUCAAAUGUCUCUUGCUCUUCUUUUCCAGCCGUUAGUUUGAGGAUUCAAGAAAAGAACAACGAUUUACCCAGUCACAUGGGGCAACGUAUUGGUUACAGCAAUAGGCUUGUUGUAAUGUGUGAAGGGCGGUAUGUUUUUCAUGUUGAGGAAUUUAAUGAUGAGAAUCUCGCAUUUGUUCCGAGCAGCGAAGAACGUGUCUAUCCAUGCCACUCAAACCAGUUCUCCUACCAAGUGGUGGUACGUCCUCAGUACGCCACAGAUUAGUUUCCUCUCUGGGAAAGAGAUAAUAUAGCCGGAUGAAUAAUGAAAAACAUAUAUCUGAUCUUCAUAAUACUCUCACCUCUAUAAACUCUAUUUUAUCCAAGUUGAUGUAUUGAAUUGAUCUGGCUUAAGAAAAAGAUGGAAAUAUUUCCAGAUGACUUUCCACUUCUUCACUUUCAUGCUGAUAGGAAGUGAAUUAGUGAUUGUAACUGGAUUGUGGUGUGAA